AAAAUAAUAAUAAUAAUACUUCCCUACUCGCCAUGUACACUUUUCCACGCGCCUCCGAUAUCAAUGGCCCAAACUCGUCCUCUAUGUCAUUCGACGACCCGUCUCAUUUUCCGCCAGCCCUGUUGCCACCACCCCAUUUACUUGACCAUGUGACUGCUUGUACUCAUGAGCUCGACUCGAUGAUGGGUCACAGCCACAGCAGCAGCACGUCUAGUGGCUGCAGUAGCUAUAGUUCUCCCAGCUACGGGACGACGAGUCAGAUGCAGAGGAGUAUUAGCAGUCACUCGCUUCAGAAGAAUAACAAUUGUAUUCAUUCUCUUUUCAUGUCACCAAACGAUCAGUUUGUGGAUAUGGACACCAGUCCAGUUAGAAGGGUUUUCAGCACCGGUGAUUUGCAUAGGAUUCAUACGGGGCAACAAGGUCACAGGUCAGCGAGUCCAUUGAUUAGUGAGAGUUGUGCGAUCAUUGAAGGGAUGAACAGAGCUUGUCGAUAUAGUCCGGAGGAGAAAAAGGAGAGAAUUGAGAGAUAUAGAACAAAGAGAACUCAGAGGAACUUCAACAAGAAAAUCAAGUACGCAUGUAGGAAAACAUUGGCAGAUAGCAGGCCACGCAUAAGAGGGAGGUUUGCAAGAAACGAAGAAAUUGAGAAGAAUCCUCAAGCUCAGUGGAGUCACAUCAGUGGGGAGGAAGAUGAUGAAGAAGAAGAGAAUUGGAUCAAUUAUAUUGAUUCAGUUUCAUCUGCAAAUAUAUUUUAAUUCUUAAUAUAAAA